AUGGACUUUGCACGGGUGCUUAACUCUGAGAUCGCUCGCAAGAAACGCGCUCUUCAGGACGAGCAGACGUCCAAGAAGGCCAAGACAGUGUCAAGCGCCGAGCAGACACGAGACCCACCGAAAGCGGCCGACGAAGUUUGCACACAGACAGUCGAGGAGACAGACCCAGACACCACGCCCUGUGAAAGUUCUGGCCCUGAAGCGCAGAGGCCCGACACACAAGUAGAGAGGCGGGCUGCCAAAACGCAUCCCGGAGAGAAGUCCGACAAGCUCCUGAACGGUCCUCAGCCAGAGCCAGGCUCGUAUCUCAUAAAGAAGACGGAUAUUAGAGACAACCACGCCUUAGUGUCUCAACAGUGUCGCGACUACAUUAAACAUCUGCUCAACGUCUGGGAGUCGAAAAAGGAUCAGCACGCGGAGGUCGAUCUGCUCGAAACCAAGAAGUGGCUGCUUCCCUUGCUUGUGCAGCUAAAGAAAAAAACUCUGCCUCACGAUCAGCUGGUGAGUCUGGCCACGAUACUUUACAAUAUUCAACGCGAAAAAUAUACAGACGCAAAUGAAGCGUACUUACAGCUCAGCAUAGGAAACGUGGCAUGGCCCAUAGGACUGAUCGACAUAGGAAUUCGCGUUCGAACGAACAACAUGAAGAUUGGUGAAGGCUCAAACAUAAGCAACAUCAUGAAAGACGAACGCACUCGGCAAUGGAUUCUGGCUGUUAAGAGGCUGCUCACGUUCUGUGAGCUGCACAAUGCUGGUUCAAACGAUUAG